AUGAUAUGGAUCUUCAGCUUGGUGCUUCACCCAGUCAAAAACCCAUCGCAUAUAACAUCUCUAUUCGCUACCACCGCUUGGUUCAACAUUCUCUCAGCCCUGGAUCACCUGCUACUCAACCCCAAAGAAGCAGAUGACUUUGUCGCCAUCAGAGAGGGAACAAGCAAAGUUAAGAGCUUCUUCAAUGGCUUACGAACCGCCCUGAAACAGCAUCUUAAUUCCCGGAAAAUCAACACGCCCGAGGAAGCAAAGAACACGCCUCCCAUGCCGGGAUAUUACACCCAUGGGAAUGGCAAGAAUGCAUCAAAGCGUAUCUCCCGACACCGGUACCUGAUCCGCGAGACGGCGAUUGCGAUGUGGCAAUACCUGGUUCUGGAUAUUUCGACUUCACAAGCUGUCAAGACAGGCCUGAGCAAAAAUGAACAGCAGCAGCAGCAGCAAAAUACCAGUGUUGAAGGUUCCUGGGUAGAGCUAUGCAUAGAACAAAUCAUCGUGGCCGUAGCCGCUUGGUUCAUUGUAGGACGCAUUGUGAUCAGCUUCACCUAUCGUUUAGUGGCGGUAGUCAGUGUCGGCUUGAGGUUUGAAGCACCUGAAGAGUAUCCACCGUUAUUCAGUAAAAUGGCUGAUGCUUAUACGUUACGGAAUUUCUGGGGAAAAUUCUGGCAUCAACUGCUCCGCAUCAAGUUCACUGCCAUAAGCAACUACAUCACUCGUGAUAUUCUCGGUCUGGCUAAGUCGUCCUUCCUGGAACGAUAUACCCAUGUGUUUUGUGUGUUUCUCCUAUCGGGUAUUCUACACCUUACUGCGGACGUGGUAGGGAAUAUACCGAUGGGCGAGUCUGGCGCUAUGGUGUUUUUCUUAUCUUUUGUGUUAGGGUACAUGAUUGAAGAUGGUGUCCAGGUCGUGUGGAGGAAAAGAUUUCAGGGUUCAUCAACCUCGGAAGCGGGUAGCACUAAUAGUCAAAAGGAGCCAGAAAUGUGGGAAAAGGUUCUUGGGUAUAUCUGGGUUUUGGCUUUUCUAACGGUCACAUCGGCGGUGUAUUUUGAGCCAGUGCGAAAGAUGCCAGAGAGGCAACUGGCUCUGGUUCCUUGGAGUUUUGUGGAGGUUAUUGGGCUUGAGAUGAUGGGGGCGUUGGUUGUUGUGGGUGGAGUGCUCUCGAUGGUAGUUUUUAAGGUUGAGGUAUGA